AUAUACUCAGCUCAUUCAAAACUUAACUAAAACAAUUCAAUAAUAUAUUAUUUAACGCUAUUUAAAACUCUGCAAAAUGCCGCGUCGCAAGCCAACUUUUAAGACCGAUGUAAUCGGCGACUUGGAUUUGAAUCCAGAGCAAGCUGUAGGCGAAUACAUGAUCUCGCGCCAGCAGGAGCGCUUCUUUGUCAAGCCGCCCAAUUGGGACUCCGCCGGCGAUUCGGUGGAAAUGCUUUAUAUACAAAAUGCACGCGAGCACGAGGCCAUGUUGCUGCUGCAGAAGCAGCUGCUGGAGGAUGCACAGCGUCAGACAGAGCUGAAUCAGCAGCGCAUUGCGCAAAUGUAUCGCAUACAGGAGCGUUUACGCAAGCGUUUCAUUGAGGUCAAUGGUUUCAUUAAGGACUGCGCGGAUAAGAAGCGCACGGCUGAGAAAAUUAUACGCGAACAGGAGACACUGCAUGAGGAUCUGAGCAAGAACAUAGAUGAGUUCAGGCGUUCCAUAACAGUGCUGAAGAGCUUUCGUGAAGAUCUGAAGCAAACUGUGCGUGAGUUUGAGCCCUACGAGCGCGUGCUGGAUGAGGUCGUCAAUGUUUCGGAUAUAUUUGUUUCACCCAAGGACUGCAUUGAUCGCUGCGAUGCGCUGAUGUUAGCGCAGGUGGAAAUCAACGAGCUGGAGAACAAAAAGCUGCAGGAGAUUGAGGAAAUGCGUCAGCGCAUGGUUAAGAUAACCAGCGAAGCGGCGCUCACUGUGCUGGGCCUGAAGAACGAUUUGGCCAAGCUGGAGCGCUCGUAUAACGAAUCGCGUGCGCUGGGACUCAAGUGGGAGAAGACGCUAAGUCUAUGCAAGGACACCAUAAGCAGCAACGACUUGGACAAGGAGCGUGCGCUCGAUGGCAUUCAAAUGCUUUAUCGCAUGCUCUGCAAGCGACGUGAGCUGGAUGCACCUUUUGCACGCAAGGAAAUCGAAAAAAGUGCCGAUUUUAUAAAGCGCGAGAUUGAAUUGCUUUGGGCUGUGCUGCGCGAAAUGGAGAGCAACAAUAAAAGCGACAAGAGCACGCCACAGGAUGAAGGCGGCAUGUGCCAAUAGUUAUAGACUCCGAGACUAGCAAGCUAUGAAUAAAUAUAUUGAGCUCUCAAUAGCAGCAUCUAUGUCUAUUUC